AUGAGGAUUCUUACCGAAGUAGUCGACCGUCUGGCAGCUGAACAGCCGGACGGUCUUUGGGUGAAGGCUGGGGCACUAGACAAUGGAGUUCUAUCCUGGAGUGACAUUACCUGGUCCCAACUAGCCAGCGCGGUUGACUACAUCUCGCAUUGGAUGGAAGCUCGACUUGGACCCCCAGCACAAAACGAGACUAUGGGGUAUAUGGGAAUUAACGAUAUCAGAUAUCCCAUCAUGAUCCUCUCUGCAAUGAAGAUGGGAACUUCCUCCAUACACCCGAAUUCGCCCCCCCAGAUGCAAGCCUUGGCCAUGCACCAUUCAGAGCUCAACCUUGUUGAGAUUCCAUCUCUAAAUGAGAUCAUGCAGCCCAAGACUGCCUCGAACCCGUACUACAACUUUUGCCGUCCUCGAAAGGAUGAUGUUGCACUUAUCCUACACUCUAGCGGGUCAACAGGCCUGCCCAAACCCAUCUUCAUCCGGACCGGAGCCCUGGUAGCUGUGGAUACCAUCACCUCCAUGUCCGCUCCAAUCGGUCGCAGAAAUAUGCACGACGAACUAUUCGCUCCUACGCUGAUGGUGUCAAUGAUGCCCUUUUUUCACAUAAUGGGAAUUGUGACGCUAGUCCGUUCCAUAUAUCACCAAGGUCCACUGGCUCUGUUGCCCCCCGGGCAGCCAGUCACGGCAGAUCUAUUGAUUAAUGCGAUAUUUCAGGAGAGGCCAAGUGUGGCAGCAUUUGCACCGUCCAUCCUAGAAGAAAUCUGCAACUUACCCAAUGGCCUCGAGGCGCUGUCUAUGCUGGACUACGUUUUCUACGGUGGUGCCCCACUGGCGCGCUCCUGUGGUGAUCAAAUCACACGGGUCACCAACUUGCAAGUCACCAUUGGCAGUACGGAGAUUUUGAACGCACCCAACUACCUAACCCAAGAACCGGAUGACUGGGAGUACUUCGAAUGGAGUGCCGAAGCAGGCAUUGUCAUGGAACCGGCAACGGAGCGCUCAUUUGAGAUGGUGAUCAAACAGAAAAUGGAUCGACGAAAUCAAAUUGUCUUCCACAAUUUCCCUGAGCUCUCCGAAUGGCGUACCAAGGAUUUAUUCGAACAACACCCUACCAAACCCAACCUCUGGCGAUACGUCGGAAGACUUGACGAUCUUCUGGUAUUCAGCAACGGGGAGAAAACGAAUCCCGUGGCGUUUGAAAAAAUCAUAGAGGGACACCCGUGGGUGCAGGGAGCGCUCGUCGUGGGUUCUGGCCAGUUUCAGGCUGGUUUAAUCAUAGAGCCACACGCGGAUCGGAAAGGAGUAGACGAGGAAGCUUUCUUUGACGAGAUCUGGUCAUGGGUGGAGAAAGCCAAUGCUGGGUGUCCAGCUCAUGCAAAGGUGUGGCACUCCAUGACCAUGGUGGCUACCCCGGAAAAGCCUUUCAAACGUUCGGCCAAAGGCUCGAUCAUGCGCAAAGCGACCUACGAGCUGUAUGAGUCGGAGAUCGCACAACUAUACAAGCGACAGGACGAGUUCUCGGUCCACGAAUCCGAUGUCAUCGACGGUCCAACUGACCUCGCCAGUAUCAAGUCUGUACUCAGAGCGGCACUACGUACAUGUCUAGCAUCGUCUACCCGGGAAUAUACCGACAACGAUGACAUCUUUGUUGGUGGAUUUGAUUCCUUGCGCGUGCUGCAGAUGAGCAAAAUCCUCUCAAGAGUCUUCCGUGUGAAAGUGUCAAGUCAAGCAUUCUGUCCGCCACGGUUGAUAUACAAUAACCCAACCAUAAACCAACUAUCUCGAGCCAUCCAACAGAGAAUCACCCACAACGACCAUAACGCUAUUAAAGUAUCACCAACCUUGAUGUCUAGAGAAGAAAAGAUGUCAGCAAUGAUAUACAAGUACACAAAAUUGCUCCCCACCGCCCCAGUAACUGGGAUCCCACCCCCAUCUGGGAAAUACAAAGCAAUCCUGACUGGUUCCACGGGCUCCCUUGGGACAUAUCUUCUCCACUAUAUGCUACAAAGCCCGUCAUUCGAACAUAUUUAUUGUUUCAAUCGCUCGGCAGAUGCUGAAUUCAGACAAAGGAAGAGCCUGCGUGACCGAGGACUUGAUGUGAACGACCUAGCCGAAAAGGUUGAUUUCCUCACUACAGACCUAACUCAGGCACAAUUCGGUCUUUCAUCUAGCAAAUACCAGGAACUUCAAGAAAAUGUCAAUGUUUUCCUUCACAAUUCUUGGCCUGUCAACUUCAACAACAGUCUGGAAUCGUUUGAGUCGACCGCUAUCAUUGGGGUACGCCAAUGCAUUGACUUUGCGUUGUCCGCGACGCAUCGUCCUCAUAUCAUGUUUUCUUCUUCUAUCGCCAGUGUCGGGAACCAGCAUAUCAUUCGAGAUGAUGGCCCUAUUCCUGAAGAAUUCGAGGAUGAUGUCUGUCUUCCACUGAGACAGGGGUAUGGGGAAUCCAAGCACGUCGCCGGUUCUAUUUUAUUCCGAGCAGCGAGGAAAUCGGGAUUGAGAGCAACCGUUCUCCGUCUGGGCCAGUUAGGAGGUCCCAAGGACGGAACUGGAGCUUGGAAUAAAGCUGAAUGGCUCCCGACUUUGAUCGAGACAUCCAAGUCCUUACAAAAGAUUCCAAGCACUCUUGGAGGCCACGACGCAAUCGACUGGGUCCCCGUAGAUGUUGCAGCUCAAUCUGUGAUAGAACUCACGUUGUCCCGACUUGAGGACGACUUGACCAAGAAUCAACUAUUCGACUGCUUUAAUAUUGUCAAUCCGCAGAUUGUCCAGUGGAAUGAUCUUGUGCACACCGUCUCUAGUUUUUAUCACAAGCAGGGAUGUGCCAUGGAGGAAGUCGAAUACAACGACUGGCUUAAUGCAUUGAAGCAGAUUGACCCUGUGUCCGAAAAUAUCGAUAAAUACCCGGGCAUCAAGUUGGCCGAAUUCUAUGAGGAUAUGGGGCAGUUGGAGAACCGAAAGGUACACCUUGCUACAGACCGGUCGUUGCUCAGGAGUGGUAGUUUGGCCAAUCUGCAGCCUCUCAAUAGUCAGCUUGUUGAAAGAUGGCUGGAGCACUGGGCCUUUUGA